GCCGUUUGCCGCUAUGAAAUGUGAUCCCGACCUUCUGACGCCGAACCUUCCCGCCAUUCCCUAACUUCCCAUCAAUAAAAAGCGCCCCAUCGCCCCACCGUCUCUCACCACUUUUCUCCUAUUCUCCCUCUUUAAUCUUCGCAGAGAUGGUGGCGGCUUUGGGGCCUGGCAGGUUCUACGGGAGCAGCCUCCUGCAGCCGCGCUUCUACAUCGACGUGAAGCUGAACGAGGACCGCGUCGACCCAUCGGUGCACGUCAUGGAUCCGCUGCUUUCGUGGACGAACGAGGCCCACUGGUCCAUGGGCGUCCUCAACCUUAAGCGCCACCACCUCCAGGGCCGGCCUAAGGACUCCAUCAAGAAUCCCCGCGCCCAGCAAGAUAGAAUGCACAAAAAUUCCCCUUCCCUCGACCGAAACCCAGCGACCAAGGCAAGGCUCUCUGGCCUCAAGAGGAAGAGGGUGGGGAGGCUCGGAGAUGAGUUUGAUAGGAUCAUGGAACAGCAGCAGAUGGGGAAGCAUAGUGAGGCGGGGGAAGGGGUUGCAUCGAGGACCCAGCCGGAAGCCGGGCAUGGAGGAAGUGGAACUCGGUGAGGAGCCCUACUAUCACUGGGAAAGGAAAUGUGGAGAGGAGGAAGAGGAAGGAGGCCGAUUGCGCGAAGCCGAGAAAGACUUCUCCAAGGAAGAAGCAGCCGAUUUGAUUCCUAUGUUUCUUUCUCAUCCCUUCUCUUUCUCUCUCUAAGUAGCAUUCCAUGAUGAUGUUUUUGAUUGAAUCAACUACAGUUUACUUGUUUGACGUUUUGAUACUGAGAAGAAAAAAAGAAUUAGUUUGAUGAGGAUCGGUUCGGUCUAAAUCCUAGAACUGAAA